GACGACGGUGUCCAUGGAACUGUGUCGCCCUUCGAAGAUCGAGUGCAGCGAAUUCUCGAGCCCGGGCCGCAAAUCAGAAACUGGGCAAUGCAUCGCUCUGGCCGCAGGGCUGCCAUUGCUUCUGAUCCUGCGAACCGAAGCGAGUCCGAAUCGCCGCCCGCCCUCGCAUUUCGCAGAUCUGCUCUGCCUCGUGCGUGCGUCCGUCGACGGGAUCAGGGGCCAAUAAAUCGACAUUUCGCUCGGUUCUUUGUUUCUUCUGCUCUGCUUCGUUUUCCGAGUCGCUGUGCCAGGGCUCGUUCCGUUUGGGGCUUUGCAUUUAGAACUCUGAUCGGUCUUCCACUUCUGCAGAAUGUCGCCGUCGCUGCAAGCCACUUGGCGUGAGGUGACACAAUUAGAAGGUGCUCCAAAAGCCAGGAGCUCGCAUUCAGUUGCCGUCAUCGACAACAAAGCUUAUGUCUUCGGAGGGGAGUUCGAGCCCCGAGUUCCUCUCGACAACUUGGUGCACGUGUUUGAUCUGAAGACUCGUACCUGGUCCAUCUUAGAAAGCAAAGGAGAAACACCCGCUCCACGAGUUGGAGUGACUGUCGCUGCUGUCGACAAGACAUUGUACGUCUUUGCCGGGCGAGACAAGGAGCACGAGGAGCUCAAUGAGUUCUUCUCUUUCAAUGUCGACACUGCUGAGUGGAAACUCUUGUCGAGUGGUGACGGGAGCCCACCUCACAGGAGUUAUCAUGCUUUUACAGCGGAUGAGGACAGGAAGCAGCUGUACACAUUCGGGGGAUGUGGCAAAGAUGGCCGGCUGAAUGACUUGUGGGUUUAUGACAUAACAUCCGCAAAGUGGGAAGCUCAACCUACGCCACCACCAAGCAGUAAUUGCAUACCAAGAGGAGGACCUGGCUUGGCUGUAGUCAAUGGCGCUGUCUGGAUCAUUUUUGGAUUCAAUGGAGGUGAGUUGACAGAUAUUCACCGUUUCGAUUUUGAUAAGAAAUCCUGGGAGGAGGUUGAGGUGACCGGGGACAAACCUUCCGGAAGGAGCGUGUUUGGAUCAUCCGCUGUCGGGAAGUAUAUCGUCAUUUAUGGUGGAGAGGUUGAUCCCAGUGACCAGGGUCACUUGGGUGCUGGUGCCUUCUCGAGUGAAGUUUUCGUCCUAGAUACCGAAGCUCGUGUUUGGAGCAAAGUAGAUGUUACGAUCAAAGAAGGAAAUAACCCAGGAGCUCGAGGAUGGUACGCGUUCUCCUCUUAUGGAAGUUCGAUGCUGGUUUACGGCGGUAACUCCGACUCCAACGAUAGACUGGACGACAUGUUUGUGCUCACCCUCAAACAUGUUUGACUCUGGUAUUGUGGGAAAAUUUGUAAACAUCCUGACCAGAUCGUGUACAUUACGACUGAUUAGUGAUCAAACGGAGUGGGUCGAAGGGCUCAAAAUUCGGGCCAGGAAAUUAUCUAAUAAAAGCGCGUACGGUCCACUUUUGAUUGGCCAUCCACAGCAACAUCCACAGGUAAUACUGCUACUCCGAUGUUCAGUACAUGCAGUAAAUUGGAGUAUUGAAGUACAAUAUCCCCAUAAGACAUGUGGAGAAAGCACAAAAAAGAGCAGCUUCCGUGUUGG